AUGAACUUCAAGAACUUUGGAAAUGAGCCGCCGGGAGAUGGCGGAUGUGGAAGGCAGCCAGGGAAUUAUCCUUUGGCACGACAGACGUCCAUCUAUUCACUGACUUUAGAUGAGCUUCAGAGCACCAUGCGAGGGAUGUCUAAAGAUUUUGGAUCUAUGAACAUGGAUGAAUUGUUGAAGAAUAUAUGGAGUGCUGAGGAGACUCAGACCGCGGGAUCUAGCAUUGGUGGACUAGAAGUGGUGGGUGUCUCGGGUGGCUAUUUGCAGAGGCAAGGAUCAUUAACGUUGCCAAGGACAUUGAGUCAGAAGACCGUUGAUGAGGUUUGGAGGGAUAUAUCUCAAGAGUAUGCUGGUGGUAAGGAUGUAAGUGGUGUUGGGGGGUCUAAUUUGCCACAGAGGCAGCAAACUUUGGGGGAGAUGACACUUGAGGAUUUCUUGGUAAGAGCCGGGGUUGUAAGGGAAGACGCUCAAUUAGCUGGAAAACCUAAUACCAAUGGAUUGUUUGGUGAUUUGUUGAGUUCGGCAAACAAUCCUUCUGGUUUAGGAUUUGAGUUUCAACAGGCGGGUAGGAAUACAGGGUUGAUGGGUAAUAGAGUGUCUGAGAAUAAUCAAUUUGCAGUUCAGUCUGCUGCUAAUUUACCAUUGAAUGCAAAUGGGGUUAGGUCAACACAGCAACAGCUGCUAACACCACAGCAGCAGCAGAAACAACACCAGCAGCAACAGCAGCCACUUUUUCCCAAGCAACCUAAUAUGACUUAUGGUGGUCCCUUGCCUAUAACAGGCAGCAAUCAGUUGGGUAGUCCAGGAAUUAGGGGUGGGAUUAUUGGGAUGGCGGAUCCAGCGUCAAAUGGUAAUUUGGUUCAUGGUGCUGCACUACAGGCUGGUGGGAUGGGAAUGGUUGGUUUAGGAGCUGGGGGUGUUACCAUUGCUACAGGAUCUCCAGCAGUUUCAUCAGAUGGGUUAGGGAAGAGUAAUGGAGAUACAUCUUCUGUGUCACCAGUUCCAUACAUGUUUAAUGGAGGUUUAAGGGGAAGGAAGUCUGGCACUGUGGAGAAAGUCGUUGAGAGAAGGCAGAGGAGAAUGAUAAAGAACAGAGAGUCAGCUGCAAGGUCUCGGGCCCGUAAGCAGAGCGAUUCAGACACUAGACACCUGUCGCCCAAAACAAGCAACGCAGUCGCAGCAGCCAAGAGACGUCUAGCAGAGCGACAGAGAGAGAGAAUAUCAGUUGUAUGUGGCGAAUUUGAUGACAAUGGUAAAUUUUUUAGCUGA